AUGGAAGCGAAGGAGAUGGAGCUAAUGCAACUGAAGCAAGGUUCCAUGUCUGUGGCUGAGUACACCAACAAGUUCGAAGAGCUUUGUAAGUUUUCUUGGGUAUGUCAGGGUGACCCAGAGACUUACGAGUGCUGGAGGUGUAUUAAGUACCAGAGGGGUUUGAAGGAUAGCAUUAUGACUGCUGUGGCUCCUAUAGAGAUCCGUGUCUUCUCCGACUUGGUAAACAAAGCAAGGGUGGUGGAGGAAUAUGCUAAGACAGUGGCUGUGUCCAGGGACACUCAUGGAGGAGGUAGUAGUAAAGGGCGUGGCAAGUAUCACCAUCCGAGAGGUCAAAGCUUCAAGAGAGGAGGAUAUGCGCAUAAAGGUCAAAGAGGGAGAGGAAGUCAGAGUGGUUGCUUCAAUUAUGGAUUUCCUGGCCAUAUCGCGAGGGAUUGCACUCAGGGAAAGAACCCGAAUGCGGGUCAUAGUCAGCACCAGGGGCGAGUCUUUGCUGUGAAUGCCAAGGAUACUUCCAAGGCGGAUCCGUUAAUGAGAGGUAUUUAUUUAUUUGGUGAUAAGUCUUUAAUUGUAUUAUAUGAUACUGGAGCAUCGUAUUCGUUUAUCUCGUUUGCUAAAGUUGAAGAGUUAGGCUUGAAAGUGUCAGAGUUACCUUUUGAUCUGCAUGUACAUACUCCACAUCAGACAGUUAUGACUAGAUCAGGUUGUAGACAAGUAGGUUUCAAGCUUGAGGGUAGAGAUUUUGGGCAUGAUUUGAUCUGUUUACCUAUAGUUGGGUUGGAGAUGAUUUUAGGGUUUGAUUAG